AUGAAAGCGGAUGAUGCAGUGGACGGUGAAGUUGAAGAGGAGCUUUCUGUAAACGAAGAGGACAUCAUCGCAGUUUCCGAGGAUAAGAUUUCCGAUACAGUGGAAGUUGACAACGUAAUGAAACCUUCUCCCGACGUUCAUGUGGCUUUCAUUUUUACUCAACCUGAGCAUUCGGAAGGCCUUCCUGGCGGUAAGCUUGUUCAAUUCUUGAUGGGGUUUCAAAACCAUGGCGAGAAAGAAUUUACUGUGCUUUUUUGCGAGACUUCUUUCCGCUAUCCACAGGAUUUCAGCUAUCACAUACAAAAUUUUUCGAGGGUGCAAUAUAAUCGUAUUGUAGCAGCUAAACAGGAAGCUACCUUUAACUAUGCCUUUUACCCGUCUGAUCAAUUCGCUGGACGGCCGCUGGGACUUGUUGUAGAACUACAAUAUGAGGAUAGUGAUGGAAAAGGAUAUAAAAACACAGUUUUCAACGAAACUAUAACGAUUGUAGAGGAUGAAUCAAAUUUCAACACAGAAACUGGGUUUCUGUACGUCAUUUUCGCGGCUGUUGUUGUGCUAAUAUUAUUAGCUGGACAGCAUUUUCUUUCCAAGUUGACAAGAAGACAUGGGAUGGCCAAAAGUCGACAAACACAACUGACUGAAAUAGGGACCAGCAAGAAAAACGAAGUUGAUUUUGAGUGGAUCCCCCGUGAAGUACUUAAUCACAACAAAUCACCGAAAUCAGGAUCCCCUAGGCAGCGGAAGCAAACACAGCGAUUGGACUAG